CGCCUCUCGCAUCGUUGAUUCUCCAAAACCAGUCUUCACUCUCUAUUGCCGAUUCUCGUUUCGUUUCCUACCUUCGGAAUCUAAAAACAGAGGUUGGCAAAAUGUUUCUUAAAGUCCAGUUACCAUGGAACGUGAUGAUUCCAGCUGAAAACAUGGAUGCCAAAGGGCUGAUUUUGAAGAGAGCUAUACUAGUAGAGUUACUAGACGCGUUUGCUUCCAAGAAAGCGACCAAGGAGCUUGGUUACUAUGUGGCAGUCACAACUUUGGACAAGAUCGGAGAAGGCAAAAUCAGGGAGCAUACCGGGGAAGUUUUGUUCCCGGUAAUGUUCAGCGGGAUGACUUUCAAGAUCUUCAAAGGAGAGAUAAUUCACGGUGUGGUGCACAAGUUGUUGAAGCACGGUGUCUUCAUGAGGUGUGGUCCAAUCGAGAAUGUUUACCUUUCCUACACGAAGAUGCCGGAUUACAAGUAUGUCCCUGGAGAGAAUCCGAUCUUCAUGAAUGAGAAGACCUCUAGGAUUCAGGUUGAGACUACAGUGAGGGUUGUGGUGAUUGGGAUAAAGUGGAUGGAGGCAGAGAGGGAGUUUCAGGCGUUGGCUAGCUUGGAAGGUGACUAUCUUGGACCAAUAUCUGAAGAGUGAUCUGCUUCAUGUGAUGAGGUUUUUCGGCAAUCUCUUAUGUCUAUAUAACUCGGGUUUAGUUUGUGUUUGGUAAGUACUCUCAAGUUGUGCAAAUAAUGAACCUUGAUCUUUGAAUGUAAUGAUGUUAUCCACCUUCAAGAGGAAAGACUGGUCUAAUAUAGGUUUUUGAUAUUG